CCUUUAAUCGAGGAAGUUAAGGUUUCAUUCCACGUUUUCAAUAAAGAAGUAGACUAUCCACUCCAAGAAGACGAAGCUGAAGCUGUACUCGAGCCUGAAGACGCUGACCAUCGCCACCAGGUGAAGGUUCUUCUGCUAGCACAUCCUGGAAAAGAAGAAGUACAUAAGAAAGCAUUCGGUCUACUUCCAGAUGGAUCAACUGACGACGCGCACGAGCCGACACCAUUUUUGAAACAACUGAGCUUCCUUGUUGGUACUCGUGGCAAAGAACCAUUGGCAAUUGGUGGUAGUUGGUCACCCAGUUGCGACGGUGCUGAUCCUACAAAUCCGGCAACCAUCAUUCAAACAGCUAUAAGGGCUACGAAAGCGUUGACUGGGGUGGAUCUCUCCAAUUGUCCGCAAUGGUGGGUAUCUUAA